AUGGAUAGCACUGCAGGAGAAAUACAGAAAACAUUGAGAGGGCUUCAGCUUUCUGAAGAGUUACAUGGAGAAGCGAAGAGCCCAGUUGCAGAUUUGCUUGAUCUGCGCUCCAACGGCAACCAGCGGUUUCAACAUGGCGACUGGAAAGGAGCAAUCACAUGUUAUUCUGAAUGCAUAGAAAUUUACAACAAGGAAGCCAUGGACGUAUUUGUGAGUUGUUAUUCUGACAGGGCAGAGGCAUUUUUAAAGCUGGAGGAGUACGGGAAAGCCGUAGAAGACUGCGAGAAAGCCCUGCAACUUCAUUCCACUCAUCUCAAAUCCCUCUUUCGCAAGGGCAGGGCUUUGCACGAACUCAAAGAGUACAACUUAGCCUGCUCGUGCUUUCGACUGGCACUAGAGCAAUCCCCAGAUGCCAAGGAAAUAAAGUCUCACUAUGACAAAUCGAAGAAGAUGAAUGAAGAAAACCAGCAUGGUAAGUUUGAUCUCUCUGCCUAUUUUCUAAAUGGUUUCAGACAGCAAUAUAUUCCAGAGGUGAGUAAUUAUAUUGGUCCAGUCAUUAUUAAGAAAUCCCCUGUCCAUGGCCGAGGUUUGUUUGCUACCAAGGAUGUUGAGGUCGGAGAUACUCUGCUUGUGGAGAAUGCGAUUGCAGUGAGUGGCAUCUAUCGCAGGUCCAUGGCCUUUCGUAUGGAAGAGAACCCUCCGAGCAUGCUUGAGGGUCUUCACCAAGACACAGUAGAGCGAGCAGCCGCUUGUGCAAUGUCAUGUCCGAGGAUUUUGCGGCAAUUGCAGCACCUUACUGAUUCAUCUUGGCUAGAGGAUUCAGAGGUUCCGGACAUGGAGUUGUUCAAGGUAAAUGAUGGUAGUUGGAGUAAAUUUGGGGAUAACCCAGUGAAUUUCCAGAUUAAUACGUUUGAUCUCAGGAAAGCUAUGGAGUUGAACGGUCUAGUCACAUAUAUUAGCACGUAUGAAGAAAACCCAGUGAAGGAGGAUGAAGAUGAUGCCAACAGCAGCAUUGGGUUCGGGAAUGAGAAUAGCGUAAUAGAGCAAUGUGGGCUUUGGGGGCUUCCAUCUUUCAUCAACCAUUCAUGUUUUCCAAAUGCUAAAUAUAUUGUGGUUGGAAAAGCAAUGUUCAUUAUAGCCGUGAGACGAAUUGCUGCAGAGGAGGAAAUAACUGUGCCUUACUUCAGAAGCCUUUAUCCACUGGUGGACCGCGAGCGCGAUUUCACACCAUUAGGGUUUCAUUGUGAAUGUAAGCGGUGUGUGUUGGAACGAUCUCUUGGUCCAUCUUUCAGAAAACUGAGUCAGAAAAUCCACAAUUACUGCAGGUCUCUGAUAAACACUAUGUAUAUUUCCCCCCGAGAUAUGCAGUCCUUGGUAGGGUUCGCCCUGCAGUUGGAGAAAAUUGAGGCCCAGGAUGAAGAGAAGAAACUCAUACGCUCCUCAUUCUAUUCUCUCUACAAAUAUCUUUUUGCUGCUGCUGAAGUUUAUACUGAUUUUCGUGUGCUGUCAAGGUCGCUUCCUACAGUGAUGGAUGUGGCAGAGGCAUUGUGGCAUGCUGAACCAGGUUGUGGCAGCUCCCUCAAGAUGUUUCAGAGGCUUCUAGAGGGAACGCAUGGAAAACAGAGGGAUUUACUUUUUCACAAGGCAAUGGAAAACAGCAUAGCGAUAAUUGGAAAACAGAAAGAACAUGUACUUAAAGCUUUGGUGCUGUCAAAGUUUGAUGCAGUUUUCCAAACAGUCAGGCCGUGGAAUGCCCGUGAGGUGUAUUCUAUAGUCUAUAGUCGUAGUAGUAUGGUCUGA